UACAAAGUUGUCGGGAUGUGUUAAAUUAGAAGUGCGGUGUAACUUUUUAAUAAAGAAAAAGCAAACAAUUUGAUGUACGAUAUACAUACGCAUGUACAUGUCGUAAGAUUAAAUAUAAACAUUUCAAACUAUUCUUUUGAUUCCAAUUCUGUUAUAGAAAUCACUAACCAAACGUGUGUAGGAUUGACACAACGAUUUACAAACGUUUAAUAUUAGGAAGAAGGACAUCUAACCUGCGUGUCUCAGUCUAGAUAAGAACUUUCGUUGAGGCGGUGUGUAGUUUGCGCUUGGACCUACGCCUGCUUAGACUGGAUAUAGACAAUAGAUGAUACCGUUUAUGUCUGUGCUCGUGUUAGCGGGAUGUCUAUUUCCCGGAUCCAUAGGGGACACCUACUGCACCGUAGACGAUGACACACCUGUGUUCAGCGCCCCUGAUCUCGGCUCUAGAAUUGUCACACUGGUCGAGAGAAACACGUGUUUCAAUGGUGACAUGGAAGGGGAAUGGCUAGUCCUUCAAGAUAAUCCAAUUCAUUACAUACAUGGCUACACAGUAAACGAGGAUACUGAAUCAGGCGCUGAUAUAAACGGGUAUCAAGAAUAUGAUCCUUGGUAUAAACAAAGUGUUCGUUCAAGAUGCGUAGAUGUCGAAGAAAUAAACACCUGCGCUGGCGCACGUUCGAUUCCCAAUAACAGACAAGAAAAACGAUUUUUAAUGGGUGAUGCAAUAUGGACACAGUGGACAUCAUGGUCUGAAUGUGACUCCACUGCAUGUAAUGUCGAGGGAACGAGGAAUCGUACACGACAGUGCUAUGUACUGACCCCACAUGUCCAAGCGAAUUGCAAUGGCGGUGACACGAUAGAAUUCCAGAAGUGCACAAAAUCCUGUAUCGUGCCUUGUUCCGACAGCUAUACGUGGUCGCUAUGGCAUGACUGUAACACAGCUUGUGAUGGUAUUACAACGAGGACGGGAAUGUGUGGGAAUGGCACUGUAAAUGUCACCAUUUCAGAGGAAAAAAAUUGUACCCGUGACUUAUGCCCAGUUGAUGGAGCGUGGUCCGAAUGGGGGACAUGGGGUGAUUGUUCAACAAAUGUGAAUCUGGUACAAGGAUUUCGUUUCAGAUACCAUCAGUGUUUACCGACAAAUCUACAUGGUGGAGCUGAUUGUCAAUAG